GAAAAUUCCGUUAGCGAUGGUCAACUCCAGAGGAAAGCAGUCGGCUUCGUCAUGAGUUUCAGGCCUCGAAUGAGUGAAUAUCAAAUUCAAAAAUCUCAUGAAGUUCGUAAAGGAUUCCGUGGUAGAACCGUUGUAAUGAGAUCUAUCUGA